UGGGGGAUAACCUUAAUCUAUUGUCUUUACAUUUAUAUUACAACAAGAAUGGAUACUAACACGUUCAGUCAUCCAAUGGUUUAUACAACAUUAACAAGCAUUUAUAAUUCACAAUUACUUAUUUAUUCCCCCUUUAUUUUCUUGUUUUUUGGAAUAUGCAUUUCUAUAGCUGAUUAUUUUUUAAUUCUUCAAAAUCGAAAAAUAAAAUCAAAUUUGUAA